ACCAAUGGAGAACCACCUCGCGUAGUCCCCGGUCACACCGCUGCUGCCUCCCCCUCCAUCCUCACACUCUCCCAUAGUCCCAUUCCCACUCGCAGCCGCCAGCCACCCAGCCCCGCGCGCGGCGGCGGCGCAAUGCGGAAGGACGCUGCCGGCGGCGGCAUUGCGCCGGGCGCGGCGGCGCCCGCGCUGCUCUGCUUCGACGUCAAGCCAUUCCUCGCCGCGCUCACCGUGCUCACGCUCCUCGCCGCCGCCUGGCAGCUCCGGCCCUACCACUCCCUCCUCGCCUCCCCGUUCCCCGCCGCCUGCGCGCAGGCGGCCGCCGGCACCCUCCCCCGCGCGCUCGCCGUCCACGCCAAGAAGUCCUCAUCUUCCUCCUCCACCCCCAACUACACCGCCUCCUCCUCCUCGCUCCCGCCGCCGCCGCCCGGCCCCGAGCGCCGGGAGUUCCGCGCCGUCGGCAGCGCGGCGGCGCUGUUCGUGCAGAUGGGCGCCUACCGCGGCGGGCCCUACACCUUCGCCGUCGUCGGGCUGGCGUCCAAGCCCACGCACGUCUACGGCAAGCCCUGGUUCCGGUGCGAGUGGGAGCCCACCAUCCCCUCCAACACCAACGCCUCCUCGCCGCCGGAGCCGAUGCGCGCCGCCGGGACGUACCACAUGCUCCCGGACUGGGGCUACGGCCGCGUCUACACGGUGGUCGUCGUCAACUGCACGUUCCCGCGCGUCCCCAACGCGGACAACGCCGGCGGCAGGCUCGUCCUCUACGCGCACCACGGCGGGCCCUCCCGCUCCCCGUCCUCCCCGCACGAGCGCAUCGUCGCGCUCGAGGAGGCGCCCGGCGCCUACGACGAGGCCGCGUUCCGGCCGGGGGCGCCGCACCGCUACGACUACCUCUACUGCGGAUCCUCGCUCUACGGCGACCUCAGCGCGGCGCGGGUGCGGGAGUGGAUGGCGUACCACGCGCGCUUCUUCGGCGACCGGUCCCACUUCGUCUUCCACGACGCCGGCGGGGUCGGCCCCGCCGUGCGCGCCGCGCUCGAGCCCUGGGUGCGCGCCGGCAGGGCCACGCUGCAGGACGUGCGCGCGCAGGCGGAGUACGACGGCUGGUACUACAACCAGUUCCUCGUCGUCAACGACUGCCUGCACCGGUACCGGCACGCCGCCAAGUGGACCUUCUUCUUCGACGUCGACGAGUACAUCUUCCUGCCUGACGGCCGUAAGCUUGAGGACGUCCUCGCCGAGCUCGAACCGUACACGCAGUUCACCAUCGAGCAGAACCCGAUGUCGAGCAGGUUGUGCGUCGACGACCCGGAGGCCGACUAUUCCAACCAAUGGGGAUUUGAGAAGCUGGUUUUCCGAAAUUCAAUCACCGGGGUGAGGAGGGACCGGAAGUACGCGAUUCAGGCCAAGAAUGCCUACGCCACAGGUGUGCACAUGUCUGAGAACGUUAUCGGCAACACCACACACAAGACGGAGCACCUCAUCCGGUACUACCACUACCACAACACCAUCAACGUCCUCGACGAGGUUUGCCGCGAGUUUGUGCCUAUUCCACCCAAGGGUGGCCUGACGUGGUCCGAGAAGACGCCCUGGUACUACGACGACAGCAUGAAGCGUGUCGCCAACGCCGUGCGCGAAUUCGAGAGGGAGACCAUUGGCGAUGUAAGACUAUGACAGUGACCACAAAGAUUAAGAGCUGAUGUACAGGAUGUAUUGCUGUCAGCCAUUCAUGAGACUUGGGCACUUGGUGCCGGCGUUUCUGUCUUCCGGAUGUUAUAUGAAGCAAACGGUUGCCUAUGGUUUGGGGCUAUCUGAGCUGACAGAGAUGCAAGGAAAGCGAAGCUGCAACCUCAAGGGAGUGGCAGAUUGUGUACCAGUAAUCGCCCUGUGAUCCUGAUUUGUGGCAAAAGGUGAGGUCUUUGUAAACAUAUAUGUCGUCCGUGUAAAUUCCAUUGUUUCAUUGCUCAAUCAUAUACUAGUACAUUGUACUCUCUUCUCUGGUUCUGACCCAAUGUGAAAAAAUUCCAUGAGAAGCUAAUCUUUACCUGUGUAUAAUGUCUCUGAAACAGAAAGAGGGAAGUUGCAACUCUUCUUCUGAUCAUUCAGAACUUUGUUGCAACAACAAUGUAGAAAUGACAUUAUUUUUAACUGCUCAUUUCAUUGGAGAUCA